UAGCGAUAACAAAUGACACAAAAGCAAAAGGAAAAUUUCUGCGUACGGGUCGUGUUGUGGGUGUUCGUAUCAAAAAAUUCCAAAUAGCCAGCCAUCCGGUGUGAAACGUUCGAGCCGCCAGCGGCAGUGAUUAUUCCGAUUUGCCGAAAUAUAGCCCUGAUCAAGUGAAAAUCGAGGCGGCUGCAAAUCAAGGUGGCCGUUGCUAAUAAGUGUUCACGAAUGAGAGCGCAAAGCAGAUGUCGGAGAGCGUCCCGCGCUUCAGUGUGUGUGUGCGUGAACGAGUAGAAAGCGGCGGUAAAAACCUUCGCGUGUAACCCACUAAAAAACAGCAAAUUUCAAUAUCAAAAAGAUAUUAUAUUAUUGAAAAAUAAGUGCAAAUAGAUAUACACAGGGAAAUCGAAAAAUCCCUGGAUAUCAAGAGCAACAGCAACAGUCGCCAAGGAGCAGAAUCUGCGGACGAAAACAAAAACGCUUUAAAAACGCAGUCGCCGAUACAGAAAGUGCCAGCGUGUGCGUGUGCAUAUGUGUACGUAGAAGUGGGCAAAGAGAACGGUGGAAAAAAAUAAAAACUGUGGCAGUGCAAAACUCGCGGCUGAUAAAGAUUGUGAUAAUCUAACAGAAUAUAAUAAGAAAAAACCGAAACCAAAAAUUGGUUGAAUAAUAUUUAAGUCAACGCCAGUGCUGCAAAAAUCGGUCCGCAUUAUCAUCGGAACGUUCAGUGUUGCACAUCGCUGCCGCCCCACGCAUAAUCCAACACUUUCCCCCCCGCCCACACUCACACGGAUUUGGAUUCCUACGUCUGCAUUAUAAUAUUGCGCUUAUUUUAACUCGCGAGCUUAACGAUGCGACACGAUCAGUCACUGGACCUUUUUAUUUUUUUUUGUUAGUUGUUGGAGAAUUCUUUAACUACGUAAAUUGUACGUAGAAUAAUAUAAUCCACUUGGUAUCUCGAAAAGAGAAAAUAGCGAAGGAAUUAGAAAUGAGUCGCAUGCAAAAGCAGCAGUACGAGACCUUGAGCAGCGGCACAAGUAAGUCGCGUCGCAAAAAUCAGCAAAGUGGCCAUGAAAUGGGGUUACCAUCCGACGGGGACCACGAUCAGGUGGUGCGAGGUCAUAUAAAUGGACAUCUCCUGGUUAAUGGCAAUGGCAAAAAACGGAAGUAUAGUAAAUCAGAAAUGUUGACCAAUGGCAAAAAGUCCAAACCGAAUACAGAGGGUUCUGUUUCGGGAAAUGGCAAGUCCCUGGCCUAUAACAAUAAUAAUAACAACAACAGCAUAAGUGCCACCAAUGGCCAAUACAACAAUAGCAGCAGUAAAACGACAUCAUCUUCUGGAAGGGACUACAAUUAUCGCGAAACUAUAUCUCCGCCUACACCUCCUUCACCACCAUCCACAAAUGUGGCUGAGAUUGUUUGCAUCUCGGACGCGGAGAGCGACGAAGAAAGGGAUCCGGAGCGGGACUACUAUGACCAGGAUACAGAGGAGGAGGAAACGAACGGGAUGGGGCCCGAGGAAUCGCCCCCAAGCAAGUCAAAGACGAAGUCCAAUAAUGCAGCUGCAGCGGCGGCGGCUGCAGCAGCGGCAGCAGCAGCGUCAAUGGCCUCGUCGUCGGCCACGCCCUCCUACGCCAUGCCCACCAGCAAUAGUACGCCCCUGGAUCUGGACAAUGAGGCGCAUCAACGGGACCUGGAGACGGUGACCGAUCUGCGAUCCUACGUCAAAUUGUACAGUGAUGAGGCCGUCAGUCUGAAUGAUUUCAAAAUAAUACGGGUUCUUGGAACAGGGGCCUAUGGACGGGUUUUCCUUGUUCGCAAGUUAACAAGGCACGAUGCCGGAAAAUUGUAUGCAAUGAAGGUUCUCAAUAAGAUAACGGUAGUCCAGAAGCGUAAAACCGCCGAACACACCAAAACGGAACGCGUGGUACUGGAGGCUGUUCAGCGCAGUCCUUUUCUCGUGAGUCUCCAUUACGCGUUUCAAUCCUCGUCGAAGCUAUAUCUAGUGCUAGACUUUGCUAAUGGCGGAGAGCUGUUCACGCAUCUUUACCACGCGGAACAUUUUGAGGAGUCUCGCGUACGUGUGUACAUAGCCGAGGUGGUUCUGGCCUUGGAGCAACUGCAUCAGCUGGGGAUCAUCUAUCGGGACAUUAAGCUGGAGAACAUUCUGCUCGAUGGCGAGGGGCAUAUUGUACUCUCUGAUUUUGGACUGUCAAAGAUCCUCACUGCCGAGAAUGAGUAUCGAGCGCACAGCUUCUGCGGUACCUUGGAAUACAUGGCACCGGAAAUCAUCAGGACGGGGCCGCCGGGGCACGACAGUGCCGUGGACUGGUGGUCGGUGGGUGUGCUUACCUUUGAGCUGCUCACCGGUGCCUCGCCAUUCGCCACGUCUGACGGGCAGAGCCAGCAGUCGGAGAUCUCUCGACGGAUCCAGAAGGAGCAACCGUUGAUUCCCUCCUCAUUCAGCGCUAAUGCCCGAGAUUUUGUGCUGAAGAUGCUGGAGAAGAACCCCAAGAGGCGGCUGGGGGGCAAUCAUCGCGACGCUAGCGAGAUUAAGGAGCACGCCUUUUUCCACGGCAUCAACUGGCAGGAGCUGCGCAACAAGCGCCGCAAAGCGCCCUACAAGCCCACCCUCACCUCCGAGGACGAUGUGCAGAACUUUAGCAAUGAGUUCACCGACCAGGUUCCCGAGGACCCCGAGUGCGAUGCUCCGCCCAGCCGGAUUCGACUCUUCCGCGGCUACACCUAUGUAGCACCGGAGCAUUUGGAGCAAAUGCGAAGGGAUAACCAGUGCCAGAUUCAAUACUGCAAUCCAGGACUUCAGAAUAUACCAUCACGACCUGAUGACCUCGAAUUGGGCACCCGCACCGUGAGCGGAGCCUAUGGUACUUGUCACUUUGUGGUAGAUAGCUCCUCGGAGAUGGUCUUUAUGGCCAAGGUUAUACCACUGUCCAAGUUCCGUCCCUCCGAGGUGGACGCACUGAUCUCGUGCGCUCUAGAUACUAACAGUCACAAAAACAUUGUUAGCUACCAUGGAACGUUUAGGGACAAGUGUGAGACUUGGAUCAUCAUGGAGUACCUGUGUGGCGAAGAGCUGACUGCAUCCAUCCGUAUGGAUGAGCAGUCGUGCCGGGAGAUUUUUCUGCAACUGGUGAUGGCCGUGCGCCACAUCCAUUCUAAGCACUUUUUACAUGGGGACCUGAAGCCAGAGAACGUCAUGUUCGAGAGCCGGGAGGAUAGGCACGUCAAACUGGUUGACUUUGGCAAUGCCUGUUACAAUAAUCGUUUCCAGAGCUGGAAGGACAAGCCACGCUACACGCUAGACUACGCUCCUCCCGAAAUGCUAGCGGACGCGAAUCUCGUCACUUAUUCGCCAGCGGUGGAUAUCUACGGUCUUGGGGCCACUCUCUACACCAUGCUGGUGGGUCAUCAGCCGUACAGGCAGAACUUGGACGAUGUGGAUCACUCCGCCCAUGCCCAUCACGAGCUUCGCAAGCGAAUGCGUCGGGAGACGUUCAACCAGCGCUCAAAGCGCUGGGAGAAUUCAAGUCCAGCGUUUCGGCAUCUGGUUGGCUGGUGCCUGCAGCGAAAUCCGGCCGAUCGGCCUACAAUAGCAGAUAUUCUAGACAGCGAGUGGCUGCAAUACACCAGUGAUGAUCCGGACGUGGAUAUCAUUGUGUCGCCAGAGCAGCAGGUCGUGGUAGACCUCAGCGAGGACACCAUGGAGCAGCCGACGUCAGGUAUGUUAGACGAGCAGGAGCAGCCUGAAACCACACUCGACAAGUCGGCGGAGGAUGAGGGUAUCACCCUGCUCACGGAUGAGGCUGUGCCGGCCAGCGAAUCUAUAACCAAUGCAGCCACUUUAACUGCGGCAGUUGCUCCUCCCUCCGACGACGAGGACCUGGUGAUUCACGAACGAUUCGACCCGGCCUUUGAGUGCCCGACGGACUUCUACGGCUUCGACGAGGAUGCGCCGCCUCUUCCGCUGCCCGCGGAGUACUAUACCGAACUGCCUCUGCCGCAGGAGGAUCGGCAAAACAUGCCACCGCCUCCAGCUCCAGUUGAAACGUAUCAGCCCAUUCGACGGCCGAGAACGCGCCAGCAGCGUCGCACAGAGAGCCAGCUGUUACAUCCUGUCAGCACCGCCACACAGGAAGACAACAAGGCGUCCUUGCGCCUGCUGAUGCAGCAGCUGCCGCCGCCCGUGGACAUCGUGGUGACCCGCAUACCGAAGAGAACCCAACGCGUGGUACGCACAUUGCCUCCCUCGUUCGGAAGCACUAAGCAGAGAGAGGAGAGUUUCCAUGGUUUCAGCAAGACGGCAAAUUCGUGGCGUAAGUCGCGGGCCAGCUGGCGGCACUUCUGUUUGCUUAUCAACGGAGUGCAGCAGGUGCUCAAAAAUAGGUUCAAGAAGAAGCGCCGGGUCUACUGCCUGCCCAACAUUAAGUUGGAAAAGAUCGACUAUGCUUACGAGAAGCCGCUGACUUUCCCACGGCCCAAGGCGUCGCAACUGAAGCGCGCAAAACGGGAGCCCAAGGUGCCGCGACCGCCGACGCGAGUGCAACCGGAGAGGGCGCGGGCGCUGCGGCAACGGUAUGUGUUCCAAUGACAUGAGGAUGACGAUGACGACGAGCUAGAGGUGGUGGAAAUCAAGAACGAGACGCUGGGCGAGGAGGAGGAGCAACCGCGAGCGGUGCUGCAGUGGGAGGGCGACUUCAGGAGGCCACGGAUGUACAGCUGACGACAGACAUUGACCCAAUGGCCCUACCAGGACAACGACGACCACACCCCGGGCAAAUCUGUGGGUGAAGACUCCUUGGGGUUCUGCACCCAACAACAAACCCACUAACCCCACUAUUUAACAAUGGAGAGCAUGAGUGGAAUACGAAGUACGGAAACCAACUUAACACUUUAAACUUUAAUAGGAGGGGUAACAGCAACGUCCUUAUAAGUGUUUUAUAUAUGCGAUUUGUUGUGCUAGUUAAUUAUUUCAAUAGCCUAAAUGUAAAAAAGUCAGACACAAAAAAUGGGAACUAUACAAAGGCAACUUUUUGCAUUGAUCUUAGAGCGGUUAAGACAUUGAAACAAAACUUUAACAAUUACCGACACAGAACACAAUCACUAAUAUCAUUAUUACGGUUUGCAAUUAGUUUAGUGCAAAAUUAUGUUUAAGCAAGACAGUGAGAAAGAUACACAAGCCCCUAAAUACACAAAAAUUUGGUUUAAGUUGUGCUUUAUAUUAAGUUAUAUUCUUUAUUCCUAAAGCAGCAUUCUCAACACUACCCAACAAUUAACUAGAAAAUCCCGCCCAGUAUAUAUUGCCAUCUGCAAUCGGGUUUAAAUAAUCCAUUUGAUUAUGAAUGCAUUUGGCAAUGUUUCCUUAUAAUAUUUAAAUCAUUUCAGUUAAAACUAAAGGAAAAAAGAUGCAACGCCCGAAGAGCCAUUUCCACAUGAAACUGCGAAGUUCUUCUUCGAGGCCGAGCCAAAACCAAUGCGUUUUUUGCAAAAGAAACUGAUCAAGAAACGGAUCAAGAAACGUAAAUAGUCGUAGAGUUGUUAAGGGCAAACUAACUUUUAUUUGUUUUGUUAAGUAUUUUUGAUUGUUUAAUUUUUUAAUUUGCCGCAAAACCUGUAACUAAGUUAGUUAAUGCAAUGAAAAUCGAUGAAAUCUAAAUAAACUUAAAAAAAUUACGUUAUUGUAAACUCUCUUGAUUUGUAUAUUUUUAUUGUGUAUUAUUUAAAUGUUUUUAACGCAACCACAUAAACCCCUCCGCUGACAAAAACUUAAAACCAAAACCAAUUCACAUAUCUAAACUGUGUAAACUGGCCGUAUAGUUGUAUGAAAAGGAUGUUAAAAAUCAUGGUGUAAAUUUUAGUAUAAAACAAAUAACAUUUAUAUUAAAGUUGCCUUUUAACAAGUUGCCUUAGAACACACACAAAUGUAAAACCCAAAAAAAAACUCCAAGUCGCAAUACAAAAAGUUAAACAAAACUUAAAUUUUAUAAGCAAAACAAAACCAUAUUAAGGAACUGUUUGGCAUGAGUUUUUUAUAGGCGCGAUCAUUGGCAAUUCGUCGUAGUUUAAGAUCUCUGGAACUAUUCUAGACCAUAGACUACACCCAAUCUACCUACAGAGGAGGCAACAACCAAUAAGCAACAACCAAUGGGGACAAUUAGUUAAAUGUAAGAAUAAAGCAAUCAAAUCGUAUUGAACUCGAUUUUUAUAGUUCGGCCAAAGCGUUAUACCGAUAACGGAUAGUUAUGUUAACCAAACAAAUGCGUUUGUUUAGCUUCGAAGAUCAAUUGAGGUACACAGAUGAAUUUGAAAACAAGUUGCUAGCUAUUAAGUCACCAAAGUCUGUACAUAAAACCAAUAUCAAAAUGCAGUUAAAAUAAAGCAUUUCAAAUGAUAA